ACACAGCUCCAAACCACCACCACCACCGCUUCUCAAGCCCCACCCGCUCGCAGACGCAGCAAGCUCGAGUCAAGGUCAGCCAUGUCGGGCCGCGGCAAGGGAGGCAAGGGGCUCGGCAAGGGCGGCGCCAAGCGCCACCGCAAGGUGCUCCGCGACAACAUCCAGGGCAUCACCAAGCCGGCCAUCCGCCGCCUGGCCCGCCGCGGCGGCGUCAAGCGCAUCUCCGGGCUCAUCUACGAGGAGACCCGCGGCGUGCUCAAGAUCUUCCUCGAGAACGUCAUCCGCGACGCCGUCACCUACACCGAGCACGCCCGCCGCAAGACCGUCACCGCCAUGGACGUCGUCUACGCACUCAAGCGCCAGGGCCGCACACUCUACGGCUUCGGCGGCUAGAGGCCCUCUCCUCUUCGUCCGCGCCGAACCAGUCGCCUCCUCGCCUCGCCGUCAACAGCUUGUUGUCUUCCUCAGUGUGUUAUGUUCCGUUCAGUAGGUGUAGUUGGAACCGUGUUACUACUAGUUCUUCAGUUGUCCAUCGCAAAUCUAUCUAGCUAGCCUGUAAUAGCUCUGUAUGAGCCCAGAUCUGGAAUCGAAUAUAUUAUCUCCCUGCAAAAGAUGGUUCGUGGUCA